AUGUAUAGACUUAUAUUCUCAUGUGAUGAACACACCUAUGAGGGCUCCUUGGUCGACAACUAUGAGCAUUCAGGAUACCCACAACCAGAGGAAUACCCACCGGAGCACACUCACAGCUAUGAGGAGCAGCAACCCUCAUCUGGAUAUGACCCCUAUGUACCAGCACCCACCAGCGUGAGCAUGAUCACAGAGGACUCCUACCCCUACACCACCACCACACAGGUGCCAUACGAGCAGGAGCCCUACUACGAAGAGUCGCUCCAGGCCCCUGGUGGUGGGGAGGCUUCUCUGGGGGAGGAGGGGCCAACAGACUGUAACUGUGAGCCAGGAGAGCCAGGGUUCGCUGGGUUUGCAGGGCCCAAGGGAGCCAGAGGACUGCAAGGUAAAGAUGGCUUCCCUGGGGCUCAAGGACGCGAGGGGUACAAAGGAUUCAAAGGAGUUCUAGGAAGAGGAGGAGACACAGGGCCUGAGGGUGACUCCGGGCCUGAUGGGGAGGAUGGUGCCUCUGGUUUCUCUGGAGCCCAGGGCUUGCCUGGUCUUCCUGGCGAUCCAGGUGAGACUGGGGUGCGAGGUCUGAAGGGUGACAUCGGUAUGGAGGGGCCACGCGGAGGAGUCGGGGUCACGGGUGAGACUGGUCCAGUUGGUGAGGCAGGGCCAGGUGGGCCUGAUGGAACUGGAGGUAUCAAGGGAUCAACUGGAGCAGAAGGGAAACAGGGUCCUGAGGGAACAGACGGGGAAAAGGGUCAGAUUGGAGCACCUGGAUUCUCAGGAGACCAUGGGGAGAUGGGCUAUAAUGGGUAUCCUGGAGAGCCAGGAGGCAGAGGAGAGACCGGUCACAAGGGUGACCAAGGCCCAGGGGGCAUGCCAGGCAGUGAUGGGGAGCCUGGAGAGGAUGGUCCUCUUGGAGUUCCUGGGGUGAUCGGCUUUCCUGGAGAGUUUGGACAAAAGGGCGCGAGAGGGGAUCGUGGUGUGAGGGGACCUCUUGGGAGAGUAGGAGCUGGGGGGCCUCAAGGAGAGAGGGGAGAUGCAGGAGUUCCAGGGAAACCAGGACCUAAAGGCCUGCAGGCCCAGCCUGGAGCCAAAGGGGAGACAGGUCCCGAUGGUGAUAAGGGUGGGGUUGGAAUAACUGGAGUGAAGGGAGGGAAAGGAGACAAGGGAAGUUUUGGAGCACAUGGUGACAAAGGACAGCAAGGGGAGAGAGGUACCAUCGGCCCUGAUGGCAUUGUUGGACUAAAUGGACCCCCCGGCAUCCCAGGCUCCAGAGGAGAGCCAGGUCCAGGUGGUGACCUGGGCGUCAAAGGUGGCUCUGGACCUAAAGGAGUGCCAGGUGCCCCUGGCCCUGGGCUGACAGAUGAGCAGGUAUUGCAGUUGUGUAAAGGAGUGGUGACAGCCCAGAUCUCCCAGUAUGCGGCUUCCAUCCGGGCCAAGUGUUCCCAAGGCUGCCCCAUCAACAACCGCACACUCAUUGGGCCGCCCGGAACCAGGGGACCAACUGGAGAAUCAGGCAAACCCGGUAAAGCGGGCAAAGCUGGAGUCAAAGGAGCAAGGGGCAUCCAAGGGGACACAGGAGUGGAUGGUCAGAAGGGGGCGGAGGGGGAAAGAGGAACAAAAGGUCCGAAAGGAAAGGGGGGUGAGCCUGGUAAAGGUCUGCCAGGACACGAUGGGCAUCAAGGCCUCAGAGGGAUGCCAGGCCACCCAGCAGAGCCAAAUAACGGUAUGGCAGGUCCCAGAGGGCCCCGUGGUUUCACAGGCGCUUUAGGUCAGCCUGGCAUGGCGGGCAACGCAGGAGUGCCCGGCUUCUGUGAGGCACGGGACUGCAGCAUUCACGCGCCUGUGAUGCGCAAGGAGCAGGGCCUAGUGAAGGGACCCCGCGAUCUAAGCCCCAAGAUCUAACCCCAACAAGGAGCUUCAGGAAAAGGUGAAGGAAUGGUCAACGAUGAGGGGUCAUGUUGGACGGUCGCUCCAUGGCAACGUUGGGGUUAAUUCCAUUCACAUCUCAGCCAUACCAGGAAUUGAAGUUGACAUUGAGUUUUGAACUGGGAAAUGACCCAUGUGUACAGCGUUGAUCUUUUUGAAUUUCAUAGCUAAUUCAAUUCCUGUAAUGACUGAUAUUGAAAUGGAAUUAAUCCGAGCACUGUUCAAUGUGGCUCACCAGUGUUGGAAGGGUUUGGUGGGACACGCUGGACUCUGCACAGGGAGAUGAAGGCUCCCAAUGAACUCUAAUGUUUAGGCAUAAUUGAUCACUUUUUUCUAGGCGAAAACAAUCCUUAUGAAUUUUUGUAUGCUAAAACAAAAAAUUAAAUUGUCUUCCUCCAAGCAAACCAUAAGUAAAGGGGCUUGAGAAACUGGCUAAAAGAAAUUGGCAGAAAAUGAAACUUGCAGGUGUCUCUGGCUACCAGUCAGGUUUAGUUUUUGAUAUGAUCAACAAUGCUG